AUGCGCUCUCGAUACGGGGAGUCGUCCCCCACUUACCGGACAUAUCGUUCUUCACCGCCUAGCGAGGUAAUUGGCGAGAACUCUGUAAGCAGUCGUCAGAUUCCUUCAAGCCAACUUCACGGUCAAGGUAGAUCGCGAAGAGUCUACGAAAUCGAGUACCUUCCCUCAUCUAGGAAGGAGGACGAGAGUACUCCGAUGCCGGAAAGCGAGGGUAUUUUGAUUCCGGGAAGCGAGGUUAGUAUUCCGGAGGACACUCACGACGUCUUUGAGAACACUGGCGACAUUCCUUCGAGCCAAUUGACUCAGAGGUCUGUGGUCCCUAACUCUAGGAGUGCAAAUGUGCUGUCAGUGCAGGCUCAGAGGAUUGAGAAGGAGUGUAGCGUGUUAAUCGGGGAGCAUACUCUUCUACAUGAGCCCUUUCCACCUGCAGCAAGACUUUCGGUACUGGUAGUGAGCAUGUGGGCAACUGCUAGUCGCCGAGUGGGGUGUAGAGUAGACCUUGAUGAGGUCGUUAUUAAACAGGUCAGAAGUCUGCACUCCCGUGUCCGUUCCCAUUUGAUGCACGAGGUGAAAGGGCGCCUGGCGGACUCUACGAUAUAUGGGCUUGGAGAUUUUGUGGGGCCUGAGGCGAGGGCGGCUCAAGUGGAAUACCUUUUGAAGAAUGAUCGUUUCUUGAGCCCCCAACAGCAUUACGAGACCUACCGACUGCGCUUCCUGGCUCCGGAAAUUAUCGAUAUAUUGUAUUUUAAAUACUUCGAUGGGGUAAGAAUGCGAGGGGUUAGGGAUCCCGAAUUUCUAGAGCGGAUAACCCCUACCCUUAUUUGCCUGAUAUCGACGGCGAUCUGGCACGGCAUUCGGGCGUGGUCAACAGGGAGUUACGUGAAGCCUGAUAAUUUUCAGUCGCAGAAUGAGAGUGUUGUGAAAACGUUCAACAGGAUGAGCAACACUUGGAAGGGGAGAAGUAAACAGAACCAGGAGGCAACCUUGGAGGUAAUCAAAGAUAACCUUCGAGAAAAGAUACGAGAUAAAAAAGGGGUAACGAUUGAGAUUAUACCGGAGGAGGGUUUUAGCGAGGACGAUGAAGCUCUGGCUGCGGAUCUUGCCGCAUUCCGAGAUGCUCGGAGAACACCCACGAGUGCUCCAGGAGGUCGGGUUGAUUCCGACAGCGCCCAGGACGAAGUGAUUAAUGCCCGACUUCGCGGCAUUGACACCGAAGAGGAGGGGGAGGAGGAAGAAGAAGAGCCGGAAUUACCUGUAGCGGGGGAUUACGAAGGGGGGGGGGAGGAGGAUGUGUAG